AUGUCCAGCGACUCCAGUGCCGCCGCAGUCAUCUCCGCGGAAGCCGCCUUGGUGAAGCAAACUUAUGCCCUUAUAUUCGUUGCCACAUUCAUCGGACAGAUAUUGUUCGGUAUCGUCAUCGCUCAGGUUUACAUAUACUUUACACGGUACCAACGCGACGCUUUAUGGGUAAAAAUAUUCGUCCUCUUCCUAUUCAUUUGCGACGUCUGUAGCGCUAUUUUCACCAUUUGUUGGAUGUUCUACCUGUUUAUAUCAAACUGGGGCGACAUAACGGUCUUCUCGCAGCCUACCUGGAUGCUGGCUACAGAUCCUCUUGUUUUAGGGCUGAUGACUUGUGCGACCCACUUCUUCUUCGCCCGGCGCAUCAAAAUCAUCACCGGAAGCAGUUGGCUCGCAGGCCUAAUUUGUUUCUUCGGGGUUGGGACACUCGGCGGAACAAUCGAGUUCCUCCGAGUAAAAUCCCUGACUGACCUCACGUCACUGAAGCCGAUCGCUAUCGUUUGGCUCCUCAGCGCAGCUGUGGGAGAUGUGAUGAUCACGGUCAUUUUAAGCUGGUCUCUGAAGAGGAAGAAGUCCGGCUUCAGGAGGACAGACCAGAUCGUAGACAGGGUUAUCAGAGUGACGAUUCAGAACGGGUUCUUGACGGCCGCUGUGGCGACCGCUGCUCUGACUUUAUACCUUGCAUCGAGCAUCCCGUACCACCUCGCGUUAUCGCUUGUUCUGCCGCGCAUGUACUCAAACACGAUCCUUUCAUCGCUCAACCACCGCGACGUCCAGCACCCAGAUUCGUCAACUGACCGUAGCGCAAGUGGCAUUGGCGGGUUUGCCACUGGCAGCACCUCGCGACGAGGCCAACAGACUGAAGUGGUCGUGCACGUCGAGGCGCAUGAGCUUUCUGACGCAACAAACCCGAAGAGCGACUCCGGCGAUUGGGAUGUGCCUAGCAAGACUCAUCCCGUGUGA